GAGAGGAACAGAGGUGAGAAGAACUGAGCUGAGAGAGGAACUGAGCUGAGGAGAAGUUUUUAGACAGAACACUUUUUAGGUUAGAAGGAGAAUGCAGAAUGGAGUAGCUUAGAAAUUAUAGGUAACAUAAAAUACUAAGAGAGCAAUGUGCAGAAUGCAGAGGGAAAGAGGAGAAAAGAAGAUGUCCCAGGGAGCAGAAGGAGCAGGCAGUCUUCUCCUAACCAUGGGACAGAACAGGUGCCAUGGUAAGAACAAGGCAGGUUUAAUCUUACUAAAAGAAACAAAGCUUUUUUUCUAUACAAACAUGGGUUUAAUUUAUUUAGCAUUAAAAAGGUAGAAGCCUUUUCUUUCUCUAUGUAAUAAAGAUUGGAACACAUUUUUUUUUUUUUCAUCCAGAUUGAGUGAAUCCUUGCUGCGCCCAUGCUUGGUCUUUUGCUCCAUAUGCAUAUGUAAGUAUGGAUGUGUGUGUAAGUAUAAAAUUGUGAGAAUGUCUGCUUGUGUGUGUGUAAGUAUGUAAUUGUGAGAAUGCAUGAAAGCUGGGCCCAGCUGGGUUUGAAUAAAAAUGAAUAAAUGAGCAUGAAUGAAGCUCAAUAUGAAUUUAUGUGAGAUUAUGCAUAUUUGCUUAUGUAAAAGUUUUUCCUUCUUAGAGUGUUAUUCUCUUCUCCUGGUUCAAUAGAAGUCUACUGCUCCAAACUCCCUCCCAGCAGGAGGCAUCUGGACAAUAGGGCAAAGGGUCUAGCAAUUAAUCCUUUACUUAAUCUCCUGCUGUUUUAGGAUGAGGUGCUGAGUGCCAGAAACUGUGAUUUCUGGCCUCAGAGGAUCACAGAAGGCAGGUCAGCUACAACAGCAUAGUAACUUAGACUUAGAUAAGUAAACAUUUUAUUAUACAGCAACCCUAAAUUUUCGGUGAGACAAAGUCUUACCCUAGAAUCUCAAAAGACAAAAGUCUUUCCCUCAGCCUACUCUUCCCCCUCCGCUUCCUCAAUAAGACCAAAACCAAAAAAGAAGAAACACCCCACGCUGGGGCUGGCCCACUGCAUAACUGCAUCCUUUUAAACUGAUUAUUAAGAUUGAAGCAAAAAUAAAUUACACUAUGACUAUAACAAACCAGAAAUUAAUAAGCCUAUUAAUUUCUAUAAACUAUUGUUUCCCCAAAUCUCUCUUUAAUUGUUAAUACCCUUCCGCUUAUGGGACAGAUUGAUAACUCCCCUGCAAGUUGAGUAAUGGGCUAUGCAAGCUCCCUACCUUGAUUCAAGGAGGAAGAAGGCAAACAGCCUACUGAGGGAAGCUGUGGCUGAAGUUAGGCCCUGGUGAUGACAGGGUCACUGCCCACCUAGGGGAGGAGCAAGCGGCUGAGCAGUGGCAGGUGGAGUGGUGGGGCUUCCCUGCGGUUGCGCGGGGAGACAGAUGGGUAGGAUAUCUGAGGACUCGCACUAGUACUACAGAAAUGCAGAUCCCCGUAGAUCUGGAAGAGGUUGGGCCCUGGACAGAAGCUUGGGCUGAGAACCUCUACACUGUGUACCUUCAGCACACUCUAACCCUAGGGGAGGUACUCGCGUCACUCAAGACUUACUGGCCAAUCAGAGCCUUUAGGCGAACCUGCCAGUCAGAAGGGAAGGCGGGGUUUCCGGGUGCCUUGGUGCCGGUUUCGCUUAGUAGCUGAGCAGGCUGUGCUCUCUGUCCUGCCGCUGGAUGCUGUGGAGGGUGUUAAGGCAAGCUUCGAAGUUGCGACAUGGUAGCAGUGGAAAAUGAAGAGAGACCAUUCAGCUCAGUCAGUCAACAGGAUCUCAAGGGAGAGCGAGGAUUGAAAAGAAGACAGACAACCCUGUAACAUGACUCCAGCCAGUGCUGAGGCUGAAGCAGGAUGCAUUGACUUAUGAUGAUGUGCAUAUGAACUUCACUCGAGAAGAAUGGGCUUUGCUGAAUGCUUCACAGAAGAGUCUUUACAAAGAUGUGAUGUUGGAGAACUACAGAAACCUCAUUGCUGUAGGCUACAAUUGGGAAGAACAUAAUAUUGAAGAACAUUGUAAAAGUUCCAGAAGACAUGGAAGGCAUAAAAGAAGUCUUACUGGAGAGAAACCCUAUGAAGGCAUUCAGUACUGUGAAACCUUUCUACAUCACAGUAGUCUCCAAAUGCAGAAAAUAACACACACUGGAGAGAAAUGCUACAAAUGCAGUCAAUGUGGUAAAGCCUUUGCAGGACACCAUACUCUCCAAAUACAUGAAAGAACACAUAGUGGAGCGAAAGCCUAUGAAUGUAAGCAAUGUAGUAAAUCCUUUGCCUCUCACAAUCAAUUUCAAAAACAUGAAGGAAUUCAUACUGGAGAGAAACCUUAUAAAUGUGAUCAAUGUGGUAAAGCCUUUGCACAACACAGUCAUCUUAAAAAGCAUAAAGUAACACAUACUGGAGAGAAACCUUACAAAUGUAAUCAGUGUGGUAAAAGCUUUGUUUAUUCUAAAUCUUUACGAGUACAUAAAAGAACACAUACUGGAGAGAAGCCCUAUGAAUGUAAUCAAUGUGGCAAAGCCUUUGCAUAUCAAAGUUCUUUCCAAGUACAUAAAAGAAUACAUACGGGAGAGAAACCUUAUAAAUGUAAUGAAUGUGGUAAAGCCUUUGCCCGAAACAGUGAACUCCGAACACAUGAAAGAAUUCAUACUGGAGAGAAACCUUACAAAUGUAAUCAAUGUGGGAAAGCCUUUGUACGUCACGAUGCACUUCAAAGGCAUGAAAGAAUACAUACUAGAGUGAAACAUAAAGAAUGUAAUCAAUGUAGUAAAUCCUUUGCUUCUCCUGCUCAACUUCGAAAACAUGAAAGAAUUCAUUCUGGAGAGAAACCUUUCACAUGUAGUCAAUGUGGUAAAGCCUUUGUACGUCAAUAUGAUCUUCAAAGACAUGAAAGAAUACAUACUGGAGAGAAACCCUAUGAAUGUAAGCAAUGUAGUAAAUCCUUUGCUUCUCAUAAUCAACUUCGAAUACAUGAAAGAAUUCAUACUGGAGAGAAACCUUACAAAUGUAAUCAAUGUGGUAAAGCCUUUGCACAACUCAGUCAUCUCAAAAUGCAUAAAAUAACACAUACUAGAGACAAAUACAAUGAAUGUAAGCAAUGUAGUAAAUCCUUUGCUUUUCAUGGUCUACUUCAACUACAUGAAAGAAUUCAUACUGGAGAGAAACCUUACAAAUGUGAUCAAUGUGGUAAAGCCUUUGCACAACACGGUCAUCUCAAAAUGCAUAAAAUCACACAUACUGGAGAGAAACCUUACAAAUGUAAUCAGUGUGGUAAAGGCUUUGCCUAUCAUAGAACUUUCCAAGUACAUAAAAGAACACAUACUGGAGAGAAGCCCUAUGAGUGUGAGCAAUGUGGCAAAGCCUUUGCAUAUCAAAAUUAUUUCCAAGUACAUAAAAGAAUACAUACUGGAGAGAAGCCCUAUGAAUGUAAGCAAUGUGGCAAAUCCUUUGUUUCUCAUGCUUCACUUCGAAAACAUGAAAGAAUUCAUACUGGAGAGAAAACUUAUUAAUGUAGACAAUGUUGUAAAGCCUAUUCACAAUCAAGUCACCUCCAAUUGCAUAAAAGAACACAUACUAAAGAGUAACCUCAUGAAUAUAACCAAAGUGAUCUUGAAAGUUGUGGUGGUUUAAAUAUACUUGGCCCAUGGCAAGUGGCAGUAUUAGUGAGUAUGGCCUUUCUGGAGUAGAUGUGGCAUUUGAGAAAGUCUGUCACUGUGGGCUUAGACUCUGAGAUCCUAUGCUUAAGCUCCACCCAGGGCAAAAGAGACUUCUGGCUGCCUUCUGAUCAAGAUGUCGAAUUCUUAUCUCCUCCAGCACUACGUGUGCUUAGACACUGACCUUUUUUCCCACCUUAAUGAUAAUAGACUGAAUCUCUGCAUCUAUACACUACUCGCAAUUAGAUGUUCUUUAUAAGAGUUGCCUUGGUCAUAGUGUCUUUUCACAGCAAUAAAACCCAAAUUAAGACAAACAGCAUAAAAGAUACUACACUGGAGAGAAGCUGACAAGCAGAUAGUUCUCUGCAUCUUUGAUAACAGAUAUAACAUGUUUUAAAUAGUCUAUUCUUCCUUCUCUUCUCUCCUUCCAUUUUUCCUCAUCUGUAUUCUUCUAAAUCUCCUUUUCCUUGCCAUUUCUUUUUUUACCCCCAUGAGGACAGUGAUUUAUUAAGAUAGAAUCUCACAUGUAUUCCAGAGUAGUCUUGAAUUAAAAAUCCUCCUACCACUACCUCUUGAAGGCUGAGAUUGUAGUUGUGUAUAUCAUGCCCAGGUUUUUCAAGCAGAAAUCCAUGAGAUGUGGAACCCUGAGCUAGAAAUUUUUGAGAAAUUGAUAAGUUGAUGGCAAUAUUGAGAAAUAAAUUCAGAGAGAACAGUCAUGCCUCCACUUCUGUUAGCUCCUGGAAGACCACUACUGGAGGGAUAUGGAGUAAAGCUUAGGCAUAAUUAUAAAGCAGCCUGUUUUCACUUGAGACAAUAAGAGGCACCAAAAUGACAAAGAAGGACUAGAGCUUAAAGCAUAGUAAAGGCCUUCCCAAGCCAGACAAGGACUCCAGGAGAUGCUCUGACAGAUUUAGUGAUCCUUGGCCCAAGACAACCAACCCCAUUGUGUUAGGAGGUGUAAGAGAUGGUUCCAAGGUACUUCCGUCUAGCUUCAGAUAGUGUUUAUUUUUAACUCAGUCACAUAUUGGAUAGAGUAGAGAUGAGUAUCUUUAACAUGGCAGUCUUUCUAGACCAUUAUCCAUAUCCAAAGAGCAUCAGAACAUGGGAUCUGCUGCUGACACAUGGAAGCAAUUCCAGAAAUAUCCCAGUUAUGUAAAUAUUUGUUUUUGAAAUGUUUAAUUACAAGUUUCUUCAGAAUUUGGAAGGUUCAUAUGAAGAACACACAAUGAACAGAGUGCCUUUAGCUAUGUUACUGAUGGGCAGGGAAAGAAACCACCUGUGAAUUUUCCUUAAAUGUUUCCUUCCUGUAUUCUUUUACAUCAUGCAAAGCAUGAACUUUGAUUGGUCUCUGAGGUCUUGCACCGUUUCUCCUUGGUAUUAUUGCCUGAUGAUCAGGUAAUGAAUUCUGGUCUUUACUGUGCAUGCAGAGAUCAAGAUUUCCUAAUAACUCAAUGUGUUUUCUUAGAAUCAACAUUGUAUUGAAUAUGUAAAACAUCUAGACUGAUUUACAGUGUAAGUAGCAUUUGUCUGUGUUCUGUGCUGUUACUACACAAUUCUACAUGCAUUGAAUGUAGUUUAACUCCACUACAUUGUUUUGGCUGCUCACUAUUACUUAUUGAUCAUCUAUCUCCCAGGAAGCACAUUAUACAGUGAAACUACCUUUUCAUUGUGUUGUUUCUUGAAAUUUGCACUAGAAAACAUUAAAUUAAAAAGUGUUAUUUCUCUGGAGUAUGCUCAGCAAUUAGUUUUGUAUCAGGAAAUUAAGAGCAGCUUUCAGUUGCAUACAGUCACAGUUAACAGAGUCUGCUAUGGUCAAGUGCAAUGCAUAUUUCUUCCUUCUAGUCAUCUUGAUGAACUACAAAGUUGUUCAUUCUCAGAAAACUAAACUUAAAUAAUUAACUAAGUUAUGGAUAUAGUGACUGGGAAAUUAUGUGAAGAAUAAAACUGCACUGGAGAGAUGGCUCAGAGGUUGAAUGCACUGACUGUUCUUCCAAGGCCCUGAGUUCAAUUCCCAACAAGCCCAUGAUGGCUCACAACUAUCUGUAAUGUAAUCUUGGAGCCCUCUUCUGGGAUAGAGGCAGAACACUGUACAGAAUAAAGGAAUAAAUCUUUAAUCAUAAUAAAAGAAUAAAAAUGCAAAAUCCGUGCCCAAAAAAGGGAGAAUUCUUGUUUUCCCUUCAUAAGAAGGUAGGUGAAACUUAUUUGAGAUGGCAAAAGGCUCUAUGGCUGUUUGAAGAAGAUGGUAUGUUACCUAGAUGCUUUAAUUAGCACCUAAAGUACAGAUCAUAAUAUUUCCUUUUAUGUGGGAGGGCAGUCAUGCAAAAUACAUGUAAUUGGGCAAGUUUGCACAUCCUCUCCUCCAGCUAGAGGACUGAUCACAUUGGGAAUAGGCUACUGAAAAUGUGCUUCAAAGACUCACCCACCUGGAAACAGUUUUGUUUUUUUUUUUUAAUUAAAGACUGUGAAAACUUUUUAAAAUUUAUUUUUAAUUUAAAAUCUUUUAUUUUUAAAAUGUGUUUUAUAUAUUAUAUAACUAUUACAUUAAAUUAUAAAAUUCUUAUAAUAUUUUUCAAGUAAAAUAAGCAUCAAACAUGAACAUUUGUUUAGAGGAAAUUUACUCUACACAUUAUAGCACCUUUCUUAGAGUUAGUCUUUCAUCUUCAUCUCAAUGCUGUCUUCUACUUGUGUCCUACUUAAGGUGUCCUAGACACAAGGUGACACUAGAAAAUAGACUUCUGUAGGAAUGCUGCACUCUAUUUGACGAGUUCAACAGAAAAAAAAACCAUAAACUUUAACAAAGAAGAAAUGAAACAGUGGGAAUGAGUCAUUCAUUACUGUGGAAGAAAAAUAGAAAUCCUGAUGAAAACAAAAGAUUGAUUCUCACACCUACUAUCUACCAACAAUCUCUUCUACCACAUCCACAAUCUGUGAACUCUCCUAUGCCUAUGUGUAGAGGGACACCAUGAUAUCUCACUGAUAAAUGUCUUACAUGUGAAAAUCUGGUUCAGUCAUGAGGAAAAGUUUUCUUGAAAAUAGCAUCCUCAAGAGGAACAGAAAUGACCAGGCCCCAGACCACUCCUACCAUCAGUAAUGGGCCUGUUCUCCACUAGCAGCCACCACUGCCCUUCUUCCUGCCUGUACCUGGAUGAUAUCAGAAGAAUCAGAUUCAAAUGCAUAAGUCUUUUCUCAGAAGAUGAGAUUUAAAGGAUGUGGCUGAAAGAGUAAGAGAAAAGGCAAGCAUCUACCACCAGUCUUAACACAGCAUUAUGGGGGCUCUUUGUCUCAGCUCAAACAUGCUUAGUGUUAGGAAAUUCUGAGGUGAGAAAUAGCCAGUACAGGCAUAUUGACAGCAUAAGACCUGACAGCUUGAUAGAGUGAGUAGUAGUUAGCUGAUGGCCAGUCCUGCUAUUACUCAUCAAUCAUUGGAGCUGUUUCAUGCAGGAGCCAACAACCCCAGAAUUCCUGGUCACUUCCAACAUGUCCUUGUGCUCAUAGCCUCAUUAUAAGGAACUGACCUAUAGUACACUUAAUUAACAUUAAAUAUUACUAUGGGUGCCUUCUUAGUGUAGUAGGCAGCGCGUCAGUCUCAUAAUCUGAGGUCCUGAGUUCAAACCUCUGAGUGGGCAACCUCAGUUUUUAACACUAAUAAUUAAACCUUUAAUUUUAUCCAGGCAGUGGUGGCUCACGCCUUUAAUCCCAGCACUUGGGAGGUGGAGGCAGGCAGAUUUCUGAGUUCUAGGCCAGCCUGGUCUACAGAGUGAAUUCCAGGAUACCCAGGGCUACACAGAGAAACCCUGCCUCGAAAAAACCAACAACAACAAACUUACAUAUACUUAUUGAACUCGAUGUACCAGGAUUUUUGUUCCAUGCUUUAUAGGGAUUAUCUCAUUGUAGAAAUAUUCCCAUAGAAAACAGCUUUAACUUAAAAUAUUUUGAAACUUAAGCUUUAGUUGACUGAAAAUUGUACAUAUAUGGAAAACACACUUACUAAGGAGACUGAUUAAAUGAGGCUUUCAAGUUCUCCAUUUGGACUGUGUGUGUGCACAAGCAUAAUAACUCUGGUAAGUGUGUUCAGUGUGUACUUUUGUACUGUGCUCUGUCCUAGUAGACUAGUAACCCUUUAUCCAUGGGAAAUGAAUGAUGAGACUCCAGUGGAAUAGCACCAAGCCUUAUGCAUGCUGUUUUUCUGGGCAUGAAUGUUGGUGAUAACCUUUAGCCUAUAAAUUAAAUACAGUAACAGGUUAACAGCAAUGUUUAAAUGUAUGCUACAGUAAAAGUAACACAAACCAGCUGUUUUUUUCCUUAAAAUAUGUGCACAGUUUUUCCUGUGAUGAUGCAAGAUGGCAGUGCCACUCAAUAGUAAGAUAAAGAGAGCCAGAAAACACAAGCACUGUGGCAGUAAUGGGCUUCUAUGCAAGGGUCAUCUGAACACAGAGCUGCAGUGACAGUAGGUUUGAGAAAGAGACAGUGAUGGAGCAACACACGGGUGGGUGAUAUAUGCAGACUGGAUACAGGACAAAGGGAUUGUUUACAUCUUAGGUAACACAGAAAGACAGAACAAAACUGUGCCUUGGGCUUUUCGGUUCCUAAGUUAGUCAUGGCACAGAUCUCAUACAGCUUUCAGAGAACACCUGCAUUGCUUAGGUUGCCUUCCUCAUCUAACUUGGUCCCUCUUCUCUUCUCUGAGCUUCUGUAGCCCUCACUUCCUGUCCAACUAGCUCUGCCACUCAUCUCUCAUGUUGAUAGCCCAUUCUUCUCUGGACCAUAAACAGGUGGUACUCAGGCUCUUCUGUAGACUUCUCUGAUGCUGGCAUGUCACCCCUCCUUUUUCUGAGAGCUUCACUUUUUCUCAUAUGAACAAUAGGAAUUAUACUACUCACAUCAUGUUGGCCAAUGUGUGCAUUACUCUAAAUAACAUGCAAAGAGAUCACUACACUAAUGUUAGAUAUCUGUAGUGCAAUUUGCAUAAGAUCCAAUGUACUAAAAUAUGAUAUUCAUAUAACAUUUACUUUUUAAAUUUUUUGACAAGAAUUAUUUUAUUGUGUGUAUAGUGUAUGAUGAAUGUGUGGACACAUACAUAUUAUGGCACAUGUGUGAAAAUCAGGACAACUUUGUGGAAUUGUUUUUUUUACUUUUGCCUAAGCUCUGGGAUUGCACUCAGUUCUUUAGGUUUAUGUGAUACGUGCUUUCUCUCUCUCUCUCUCUCUCUCUCUCUCUCUCUCUCUCUCUCUCUCUCUCUCUCUCUCUGAGCCAUGUUGCCAGCCCUUACAUAGCUUUCUAGAAGUGUAUUUCUUGGGAAUAAACACGGAACAAUCUAUUCAGCCUGAACCUUGACCAGGGACCUAUCUACUGCUUCUGCAUCAUCAGCAUUAGCCCCUAAGUCAGCCCUCUCCAAAGACCCAGACACUCAGAUUUCUUCCUCAAUUUUGAGAUUGGGCUGCUGAAAUACUAGAUCCUCUGUGCUGUAGAGUGAAUGUUUAUGUCCUCUGGAAGCUGUGUGUGGUAACUGGGACCACAGGUUAAUGUGAUUAUGAGCCUUUGGCAGAUUAUCAAGUCACAAGUAUGUAUCCCUCAAGGAGUACUCAUGAGUGUGAUUCUAGCCUUAGAAAAGAGACCCUGAGAGCGCCAGUAUUCCAUCUGCCAUGGGAACACUGAAAGAAGAUGUGUCAGGGAAUGGAUCUGUGGACCUUAGCAGAUACCUAAACUUGCAUACUCACUUAGUAUUUCCAGUGUUUCUGUGCUGGAAAUUUAUGUGACUUUUUUAUAGUGACAGACAAUCUCUGCUGGGUCUUGGAAGUGGAAACGUGCAUGGCACAUGCACCAUCUGCAAAGCUGUCUGUAGUGUUGUGUAGAUGGCAGCUUUAUGAGAGCAAAGACCAAUGCCCAUGUGGUCCUGUACAAGUGGGGCAAUACCCUUUGUCCCCAAUUUCUUAUUUCUAGCUCUACUCCUUAUAGCAGGAGUCCUACUAAAUUGGAAGAUGCUAGUUCUCUGUAACUGUCUUUCCAUUACUAUUAUCUUCCAUCAGCUAUUUUUCUUUAAACUAAAAGAACAUUCUAUCUUCAGUUUUCUUUUCUAUUUUAAAAAAAAAGAUUUUUAAAAAUUAUUUGUAGAUACACUGUAGCUGUCUUCAGACACACAGUAGAAAAGGGCAUGGGAUCCCAUUACAGAUGGUUGUGAGUCACCAUGUGGUUGCUGGGAAUUAAACUCAGGACCUAUGAAAGAACAGUCGGUGCUCUUAGCUGCUGAGCCAUCUCUCCAGCCUCAUAUUUACAGAUUUUAUUUUCUUGAAUUCAUGGGCUUUUUCACAGGUCCAUGUACUCCUUACUAUCCAUGAGGUUGUGUCUUUUGAGGGUUCUGGGUACCUAAAUUUUAUAUUACAAACUGAAAAUAUCCUUCACCAUCCCCUGAAUCUUACUGACCAUUGUCCUGUCUGCUGCUGUUUCCAUGCUAGUAAAUAGCAGGUGGUGAGCUGCAUUGAGACACUGACAUGCAAGGACUCCAACCCUCUAUCAAAGCAGUGACCUGCCACUAAGUUCUGUCUUUUAACCUGUGUCUCAUUCUGGGGAAAACAGAUUGCUUUAUGACAUUAGUAUUCAUA